GUUGCCACGGUGACUUCUGACGUCUUGGCGGAGAACCAAUCAGAGAGAAGCGUCUUUCUGCUUUGUGGCAAGUUUGAAAACAAAUUUUUGUGUGAGGUAAGAAAACGGUCGCGGCGCUGAUAGAAAGAAGGACUGAGAAGGCAAAGGGACUGAGAGCCGCGGAGUAGAGCUGGGAGGGAAGAGGUAUCCGCCAUGAGAAAAAGUGAGGCAAUAGCUGCUGAAUCGGUAGCAUGUUUAAAUUCAGCACUUACUCGUCUUCGAGAUAUUUGGGAAGAAAUCGGCAUACCAGAAGAUCAACGACUGCAAAGGACUGAUGCUGUUAAGAGACAUGUCCAUCUUCUUCUAACGAGGAUGAUUGAGGAAGAGGAGAAUCUGAAACAGCGUCUCCUAAAGAGUAUUGAUGUGUGCCGAAAAGAACUCGAUACAGUCUGCAUGGAGCUUCAACUCCCACCAUUUGAAGAGGAGGAUACAACAAUUUUACAGCUAGAAAAGGACUUGAGAACAAGAGUAGAAGUUAUGCUUAAACAGAAAAAAGAGAGAAUGCAUGAGUUGAAAUUAUUAAAGGAGCGUGAUCAAGACUUGUGUGAUAUUCUGUGGACCUCUCCAUACCACAUCGACAGUGCAUGUGUUCCAAGUCUCCAGGAGCUGGAUCAGUUUAGGAGGCAUCUGGCUGGGCUUUCUGCCGAAAAGGAACGCCGGGAAGCAGAAUUUAAAAGUACAAAGAAGCAGAUUAUUUCUUGUAUGGAGGAACUGGAUCGUCUUCCUGACACAAGCUUUGAACGUGAUGUAGUUUGUGAGGAUGAGGAAGCUUUCUGCCUUUCUAAAGAGAAUAUUGAUGCAUUGCAACAGCUUCUUAUUCAGUUGGAAGAACAGAAAGUGAAGAAUCAAAUUUUGUGUGAAGAACUAAAGUCUAAAAUUACUGAACUUUGGGAAAGGCUUCAGAUACCUGAAGAAGAACGAGAUUAUUUUGCAGUUCAUAUGACUGGAUCAAAAGGAAAGACUAUUAAAGCAUUGCAGGAGGAAUUGAAUCGCCUUCAGGAAUUAAAGCUGCAGAAUAUAAAACUUAUAGUCGAUGCAAUUAGACUGGAAUUAUCCUCUUACUGGGACAAAUGCUUCUAUAGCACUGGUCAAAGACAAGCUUUUGCACCAUUUAACAGUGAGGAUUACAGUGAAGAUCUGCUGUGUCUUCAUGAUGCUGAAAUAACCCGCAUUAAACAAUACUAUGAGUCACACAAGGAAAUGUUUGAAGGUGUGCAGAAAUGGCAAGAGAACUGGCGUCUAUUCUUAGAAUUUGAUAAAAAAGCUACAGACCCUAAUAGGUUCGCAAAUCGAGGGGGCAAUCUGUUGAAAGAAGAAAAGCAAAGGGCAAAACUGCAGAAAAUGCUUCCAAAGUUGGAAGAAGAGCUGAAAAUGCGCAUUUCUGCAUGGGAGCAAGAACAAGAACAAGAGUUUUUUGUAAAUGAAAAAAAAUUUAUGGACUAUGUUGCAGAACAAUGGGAGACUUUUCAUCAGGAGAAAGAGAGGGAGAAACAAGACCGGCUUAUGAAGAAGAAUCGUCAGCUUGAGGAGGAAAUUCACUAUGGCAGUGCACCAAAAACCCCCAACAAGAGGCGUAUGAUUGCACCCAGUACACCUAGUAAAUGUAGAAAGCUUAAUGGCACAUCCAUCUCCAGUUCCUCCAACAGCACUCUGCGCUCUGCAUUUAGUGGGACGAUUUGUCACUCUCCUGUAUCUCGUCCACCUAUCUGUGCUGGCAAGCCUGGAUUACCCUCACGAACUCCAACCAGAGUGUUCAAAACUCCACAGACAAAGCGGCUAGAAAAGAACAAAGAGAAUAUGUUGCAGUUGAAUGGAACCGCUAUGAGCGCGAGAACUUUCAAAAGCUACAAGAUCUAACACCAAUCCCCAUAUUCUGAAUUCCACUAUUACACAUCCGCCAUUCUAACAGUGUAUGUCCAGCGGAGAAACCAGCAGAGUGUGAGCGAGGCAUGGUACCAAGAUGACUGUGGCUUUCCUGUCCGUAGCCUUAUGCACUGCUUUGAUUGUUCUCUUACAUGAAGGGUGAAUUUACCCCUCCCAUCACCCCUAAUAAGAGGGUGAAUAUGCAUUAGGGCCAGGUUCUAUCCUUCAAAUAUAAAGCAAGCAUCUAUGCACAUUUUGCACUCUUAACUUAAUCUCUUUUGCUAGAUAUAUAAAUAUAUCCAUUAAACACUCAAAUCUGUAAAUGUUGCUUUUUCCACUUGGUGGUAUACAUCUGUUUCUAUUGAGAUUUAAGAUGAACUGUAUAAUAGAAGCUUUAUAAUUCCUUUAUAUGUAUUUUGGGUACAGUUCUCCCAGGCUUUGUAGCUAACGUUUUAUUUGUACAUAUAUGGUUUUUAAUCAUCAUGAAUACCUCUGCACCUCUUUUUUACGGUUGUUUCACAAAGUAUUUCUUUUUUUUCAAAUGAGGUACCCAAUGGUGGUGUGUUUAUUUUCUCUGUAUAUAAUGCUGUUUGUGCUGUAGAAACAUGUAGGAUAUGUAGCUUAACACUACAUUAUAGGCACAAUAUCAGUGGGCUCAGUACAACACACUCUUGCAGUGUUCCUUUGUUAUAAUUGCUUAGCAUCUCCCAUUUGAAUAAAUACAACUAUAUUUACAUAUAAAGGUUGUAACCCUUUCAACAUAACUUAAAGGGGUUUUAUUAACUUAUCAACCCCAUCAAGUAUGCUAUAACUUUUUAAAUGAAGGUCUGCCAUAUUUAGGAGUUGUUGUAUGUGGCAGCAAUUGCCCUUGCAAGAUAAUAUUGAUAGCUGGGAGACUGCAGUUUUAUGUAGUCUUUAUUCCACAGGCUGCAGUAGAAGAACGCUGAUUUUGAAAUGGUGUCCUUUUUUAAAAUGAGGCAUAAGCACGUAAUGAAUAGCAAAUACUCUGUUUUGGGCAGCUAGAACAGUUGUACAAUUUUAUAAACUUUAAUAUAAACCAUCUUUUAAACCAUUUUAAAAGCUAGUUAAAUAUCUAUUUUUGCCAACGAUUAGUUUUCGACAAAGGUCUAUUCAAAUGCACUUGAUACUCUAGGAAAGUUCAACAGGGAGAUCUAUUAGUGAAUAUAUUAAAGAAAUGUUAAUAGGAGAAAUGUUUAUAUUUUAGGCAAGAUGUAUCCAACUUACAACCCUCUAGUUGUUUUAAAACUACAACUGCAAGGAGCAGAUUCUAAAAGUUGUAGUUUUAACUACAGUUGGUUGGACAUCCCUGUUUUAUAUAAUCCCCCCUUUUGAUUUUAAUCCUGCAAUACAGAACACUCAUGGUUUGUUCCGUUGCAGUCUUUUUUAGGUUCAGAUCUAGGUUUCUGUAUAUAGGCUGUAUAAUAUACACUAGUGAAUUUAAAUACUGGCAUAUUUAUACAAUGGAGAAAAGAAAAAGUACUCUGAUAGUUGCAAGGUGAGUAACUCACAGGCAACCGUAUCUGAGUGGAGUCAAAUAGCUGCACUGAAUGAAAACCGCAUGUAUUCAUACACAGCAUAUGCUGAACAUCUAGUGGCUUUAGCUGGAAACAACUCUUAAUGCUUCCUACUACAACAGCCUUGUAUGUGCAGUCAGCCUUGUGGGGCAAGAUUUAGGAGUGGCAAGUCAAUUUUGCUUCAGAAGUCAAAAUGGCUCCAACCCGUCACUCGUAUAUUUUUCCCCCAUAAUUAUUUCUAAAGUUUUGUUCCAGUGGUAAAUACAAAUGCAUAGUAACUAGUGAUGGGCGAAUGUGACCGCUUUUGCUUCGCCAAAAUUCAUGUAAUGGCGAAAAUUCAGCAAAAUCCAUUGAAGUUGGUGGGCGUUAAAAUUAUUUUGACGCGCAACAAAUUUUUUUUACCCAUUGGAGUCUCUGUGGGGUCUGGGGGACUAGAAUGUCACAUAAACAUUAAAUAAAUCCAAUAGGUUGGUUUUGCUUCCAAUAAGGAUUCAUUUUAUCUUUGUUACAAAAUACUGUUUUAUUAUUACAGAGAAAAAAAAUGGAUUAUUUGGAUAAAAUGGAGUCUAUGGGAGACUAUGAGCCAUUCCGUAAUUUGGAGCUUUCUGGAUAACGGGUUUCCGGGUAACUGAUCCCAUACCUGUAGUAACUAAUGAGCAAAUAACUUUUCUUAAGAAUAAACAAAUGAAUUGUCUGCUUGCUCUGGGUUGCACCAAUUGUAGGUCAGAGCUGUUAUAGGUUAGAUAGUUAGAAGCACGCUGAUAGGAAAAAUGGACAGAAAUGAAGACAACUUACAGAGUAGGAGGAGGAAAUCAGGUUCCACAGUCUUUCUGCUAGAUCCGCACUCAGUUUUCUAUUCAAGCACUUUCAUCUUAUGUUAUUCAGGAUCAUUUGAACCCCACUAACCAGAUAACUGACUCAUUUCAACUCUGUUGAGCAAAACUUUAAUCAAAAAUCAUAAAACAAUUGGAAGACAAAAUUGUCACUUUGAAAGUUAUUGAUUUGCUUUAUGUUUCAUCGGGGUAUGGAAACUUCUGCAAAUCUCCUAAAAUUCAAUACGUUCAUUACAAUCCCUAUUAUAUUUAAUUGCACAUUAAUUAUUAUGUCUUUAGCGAAGCAGCAUACAAUGCACGUUACACGAGUGUCCUAAAAUUGGCCAUGCACAGGUAAAAUACUUCUAGCCAAUAUAAUAUAGUAUACAUUUUAGUUUCAUUCAUUCACUGCCAUCAUUUUUUAUUUUAGUGAUGAGUGAAAAGUAUUUUCCAAAUGCCUUUUGUUUAGUGUUUUCUGUAAUUCAAGAAAAUCUUUUGUUUCUGUUCAGUGACCUUGUUUGAACUGAGUGAUAACAUCACACUGACCUUGUACAGUUCCUGUAUAGUAAAUUAAACCUCUACACACUGUUAA